UCAUAUCUGUAAGAUAAAAUAAUGCACUGUGCAUAAUGCAGCAAUAAAAGAAGUGCCUCAUCCUGAUAAAAUUCAAAAAUUUCAUGCAUUUAGUAGUAGAUAUUUGAGAGUUCUGUGAUCUUGAUCCUGUUCAUCAAAUAUGGAAAAACAACACCCUCCUCCUUAUGAAAUGGGCCACACUAACCCAGAAUAUAGUCCACAAGCACCGCCGCAAAACUACAUGGGUGGUCCAAAUAGUCAAUACGCGCCACCUCCACAACAUAUGGGUGGUCAAAGUCCAUACUCUAUGGCUCCACCUCAACCACAAAUUGUGUACAUGCAACCACCUGCAGCUGCACAGGCAACGGCAAGUUCAGUCUCCACUAAUGUAACGGUUAAUACAGGUGGUGGUGGAUUAGGAGGUUGCCCUGUAUGCCACAACAACAGCUGGACGGGCACCUAUGAUUGCUGCGCAUGGUUAUGGUUAAUUUGUUGUUUCCCAUGUGGAAUUAUAUGCUGCUGCUGCAUGAGAAAGAAGAAGUGCACGCAAUGCGGUUACACUGUCGGCUAAAUCGCCGAGAUUAAGAACUUUGUACAGAGCUUUAUUCGAGACUAUCUCUGCUCUUUUUGUUCAACAUUAUUUUACACUUAUUACUAAGUGUUUGAAAUAUUGUUUUAUAGUUUUCUGCUGAAAAAUUGCUUUAAAACUGGGCAAUUGUACACUCUAAAAAAAUAUUUUAAACAGUUUUUAUUCGUUACCAAGUUUUUAAAUUUGAUAAUUUUAAAAUUUUUAGGUUCAUAC